AUGGCACUGGUGAAGGAGCUCCUCAGGGCCAGAAACCUGCUGCUGGUUGUGCUCAUUCCACUUCUGCUGCUUCCUCUGCCACUUUUAUACCCCAGUAGUGAAGCCUCAUGUGCCUAUGUGCUGAUAGUGACAGCUGUGUACUGGGUCUCAGAAGCGGUACCGCUCGGAGCUGCAGCCCUAGUUCCUGCUUUCCUCUAUCCACUCUUCGGAGUCAUGAAGUCCAGUGAGGUGGCUGCAGAGUAUUUCAAGAACACAACUUUGCUCCUCAUGGGGGUGAUUUGUGUGGCAGCUUCUGUUGAAAAGUGGAACCUACAUAAGCGGAUUGCCUUGCGUAUGGUCAUGAUGGCUGGUGCGAAGCCAGGCAUGUUACUUCUCUGCUUUAUGUGCUGUACAACCAUUUUAUCCAUGUGGCUUUCCAAUACCUCCACCACUGCGAUGGUGAUGCCAAUUGUGGAGGCAGUGCUACAAGAAUUAGUGAAUGCUGAGGAGGAGCAUGAGGUCAUCGGUACUGCAGGCAACACCAUUUCUGAAGAGAGGGAGCCAAAAGGUCUCAGCGAAAAACAUGGCCAAGCCUCAGUGGAGGUCAUUUUCAUCAAUGAGGAUGCUACGACCACUGACUUCAGCUCCCUGGUACAUACUAAGAAUAUGAAUGGUGUGCACAUGAUAGCCAACCCAAUUGGAACUGUGAAUCCCCCAAACAAGGGGCAGAAUCUACCUCAGACUCAGAUACUUGUCCUGCCUCCUAACCCCAGAGAUCUGGACCUGAGCACUAAAUACCAGUACCAGUCCAGACAUGAUCACAUGAUCUGCAAGUGCCUGUCCUUGAGCAUCUCAUAUGCUGCAACCAUUGGGGGAUUGACCACCAUCAUAGGGACCUCCACUAGCCUCAUCUUCUUAGAGUACUUCAACAACCACUAUCCACAUGCUGAGGUGGUGAAUUUUGGAACUUGGUUCUUGUUCAGCUUCCCCAUAUGCCUCAUCAUGCUGGUCUUGACUUGGUUCUGGAUGCACUGGCUGUUCUUGGGAUGCAAUUUUAAAGAAACAUGUUCUGUGAGCAAGAAGAAGAAGACCAAACGAGAAGAGAUGUCAGAGAGGAGAAUUCAAGAGGAAUAUGAGAAACUGGGGAAUACUAGUUAUCCUGAGAUGGUGACUGGGUUUUUCUUCAUCUUGAUGACCUUGCUUUGGUUUACACGGGAGCCUGGCUUUGUUCCAGGCUGGUCAUCUUUAUUUGAGAAGAAAGGCUACCGGACUGAUGCUACUGUCUCUGUCUUCCUUGGUUUUCUCAUGUUCCUGAUUCCAGCAAAGAAACCAUGCUUUGGAAAGAGGGAUAAAGGUAAGAAGAAUGAAAAUUCUACAGAUAUUAACUCAAUGGAGCCAAUAAUUACAUGGAAGGACUUCCAGAAGACCAUGCCCUGGGAGAUUGUAGUGCUGGUUGGAGGAGGUUAUGCUCUAGCAGCUGGAUGCAAGACCUCUGGCCUUUCGACAUGGAUUGGACGCCAGAUGUUGUCCUUGAGCAGCCUUCCCUACUGGGCUGUCACUCUGCUGGCUUGCAUCUUGGUGUCCAUGGUAACAGAGUUCGUUAGUAACCCAGCAACCAUAACUAUCUUUCUGCCUAUUUUAUGCAGUAUGUCGGAAACCUUGCAUAUCAACCCUUUAUACACUCUGAUUCCUGUAACAAUGUGUAUUUCCUUUGCGGUGAUGCUGCCAGUGGGCAACCCCCCAAAUGCCAUUGUCUUCAAUUACGGGCACUGCCAGAUCAAAGACAUGGUGAAAGCUGGCUUGGGUGUAAAUCUGAUUGGUCUAGUGGUUGUCAUGGUGGCGAUCAACACUUGGGGAAUUAGCCUCUUCCAACUGGAUACAUUUCCAGAUUGGGCAAUGGUCAGCAAUGUAACUGGUCAGUCAUAA